AUGCUCAUUGCCAUCUUUGUGCUGCGAUCCGAAGCCUCGAAGGAUCCAAAAAUAGUAUCUCAAAAUCUUGUAUCCAUUAUGGACUUCACACCCGGCUCCGCUCGGAUUGUCAACAUCCCUGGCGAACUGCAGAAUCGGAUCCUCUCGCAUCUGGACAUUAUCAGUCAGAUUUCCUUGAAACUGACAUCGAUCUACUUCGACAAUCUUAUAGCCAAGCUGUCUUUGGAGACACUCCUGGAUGCUGAAGAAUCCGAGUUUGCCCAGAGCAGAGACCUGUAUGGCUGCUACGACUGUCUCCGGCUCAGAACAAGCCAUCGUUUCGCGGAUAACCAAUUGAGGAAGAAAAGGCGACGUUUUGGGGCAGAAUCCUUCAAACGCUUCUGCAUCGACUGUGGUCUGGAGGUCCGCCAGGGAAGGCUCCCUACUGUGCGUUACGUCAGGGGCAACCAAAUCGACAUCCAGGGCGUCUCGCAUGUUAUAUGCAUAAAAUGUGGCAGUUUUGCACUCAGAGGAAAUGAGAAAGACUAUGAGGCAACAUGCGUUAGCUGUUGGAGACCAUUUCAAGAAGCCAGAAGGCGAGCGCAGGAAUCGAGAAUGCGUGAGGAGCGGUUGAAGUCGCGGGCCGAGCGAGCACAGCGACGGGAGCGAAGGCGGAGGGUCUUUGGCCCUGCCAGUGAGGACAGUUGCUCCCCAUCCCCAACGCCAAGCGAAAAAUUCAUAGAGGAGCAAAUGGACAUGAUCCAGGCCGAGGCAGACAUGCAUAUGAACAGCCCGGGUCCGGGUUCCGAUUAG